CGUGCGUCAGUCGCUCGAGGCACAUCAGAUGGACACGGGAUAUAAAGCUGCAUUCACUGCCGGCCUUGACAAGAUGGAAAACAGACACAACAAUCUCAAGCUCAAGCACCUUCAAGCAAUCUCAAACAAUCAACCAACUUGAUCUCUCUCCUCUUUGGAAACCAACUCUCAACUACACCACUCUUCUACUACUCCAUCCAUUACAAUGGCUCAACAGACUAUCGCAUUUCUUGGCGCCAGCACCGGCGUUGGGCUCUCGGCACUCAAGCACUCCCUCGCUGCAGGACACCGGUGCAUCGCCCUCUGCCGCACACCCUCCAAGCUCACCGAUGUCAUUUCGCCUGCAUCAAACGCGAACCUGCAGGUCGUCCAGGGCAACGCUCACGAUCUCGCUGCGGUUUCUCAGUGCUUCAAGAAGGCGGACGGAAAUCUUGUCGACGCCAUCGUUUCCACCAUCGGCGGCAAGCCCAUGCUCAACAAGCAGAUGACUGACGACCCCGAGGUCUGCAGGAAGGGCAUGGACACUAUGCUAGAGGCUCUGGCUCAACUGCGAAGUGCCGGCGCUACGGGCCGACCCUAUAUCAUUGUCUGCAGCACCACCGGCAUGUCUCGCUUCGGUCGUGACAUGCCCGUCCUGACCAUUCCGCUGUAUUCGUUCAUGCUCAAGGUUCCCCACAAGGACAAGAAAAUCAUGGAGGACACCCUGGCAGACAGCGGCGAAGACUUUACCAUUGUCCGUGCCAGUCUGUUGGUCAACGGCGAGUCCACCAAGCCGAUCCGGGCGGGCAUUGAGGACCCAAAGACCGGACGAGAGGUGCAGGAGAUUGGGUACACCAUCUCCAGGGAAGAUGCGGGCAAGUGGAUUGCAGACAAUCUCCUGAUCAAGAGGGAGGCCAAGUACCUCAACAAGAUUGCAAGCAUCACAUACUGAGGUGGAUUUGGUAUUGGAAUUGGUGGUUUCAAGUAUAGAGUCGCUGCUCUGCUCUUUUUUAGACUGAUAUGAUAAGGUAUUCGAUAGUGCUGGAUAUAAUGGAUAUAAUAAGUACGCAAUAUGAACUAUCUUUUUGAGUCUGG